CAGUACUAGUCAACAAUGAGCUCUGCAACUGCAAAUGAAAAUUGCCUUGGAUGGGCUGCAAGAGAUGCAUCUGGGGUUCUCUCACCUUUCAAAUUCAGCCGUAGGGCUGUCGGAAAAGACGACGUUUCUAUAAAAAUCACGCACUGUGGAAUCUGUUAGGCCGAUGACCAGGAAUAAAUUUGGAGACUCCAAGUAUCCUGUAGUGCCUGGACACGAGAUUGCUAGAAUUGUGAAAGAGAUUGGUUCCAAUGUCCAACGUUUCAAAGUUGGCGACCAUGUUGGGGUGGGAACUUUUGUUAACUCUUGCAGAGAUUGUGAGUAUUGUGAUGAGGCGCUAGAAAUUCAUUGUCUUAAGCGAGCUGUUGACACUUUUAAUGCCAUCGAUGUGGAUGGUACAAUCACAAAAGGAGGAUACUCCAAUUUCAUUGUUGUCCACGAAAGGUACUGCCUUAGGAUUCCUGAAAGCUAUCCAUUGGCUUCAGCAGCGCCUUUGCUUUGUGCUGGAAUUACUGUUUACACUCCCAUGAUGCGCCAUAAGAUGAAUCAAGCUGGUAAAUCUCUAGGAGUGAUUGGCCUUGGUGGUCUUGGUCACAUGGCAGUGAAGUUUGGGAAGGCUUUUGGGUUGAACGUGACAGUUCUCAGCACAAGCAUAUCCAAGAGAGAGGAAGCCCUGACUCUACUUGGUGCAGACAAAUUUGUGAUUUCAUUUGACCAUGACCAGAUGGCGGCCUUGGCUAAGUCAUUGGACUUCAUAAUUGACACAGCACCUGGUGAUCAUCCAUUUGAUCCCUACAUUUCGCUUUUGAAGACUUCUGGUGUCUUGUCCUGCUUCUUAGCAGGCACGAUAACUAUUUCUGGUAGUGCAACUGGAGGCACGAAAGGCACACAAGAAAUAAUAAACUUCUGUGCUGCGCGCGACAUUCAUGCCAAGAUAGAAGUGAUUCCAAUUCAACAUGCAAAUGAAGCUCUUGAGAGGCUGAUAAAGAGUGAUGUCCAGUACUGGUUUGUGAUUGAUAUUGAAAACUCCCUGAAAUGAAACCAUGUAGAAAAAAGAGGGAUUCCUCUUUUUCAAUACAAACACUAACAAGUUAAACGCGGAUUUGAGGAAUUAGACCAGAUAGAAACUCAAAGAAUAAGGUCAUUGACUAUCUCAUAGCUUGGUUGCAGUGCAUUUUCUUCUAUGUAACAAUAUGCACGUUCGAUCAUCUUUAAAAAGCAUGUGGUUCUAUGUAAUUAUUU